AGCCCAAUUUAGUUAGCAGAGUGAAAGAACGUUAACUCCGAUUCGCGACUCGGUGGUGGAACAGAAUGGAAUCGGAGAUUCCGGUGCCAACCGUGACGGAGCGCGAGCAGUGGAUGGUGGAGAACAAUGCCUUUCAGAUCUAUAACCACUUUGCUAAUUCUUCUCGCAACGUUAAAUCACAAUUGCUGAAGCUUCGUCGGGAUAAGCAUUUGGAGUAUCUUUUUGGAGGUCUGAAACAUCUCGGCUCCUCUUUCUGCGUUUUGGAUGCCAAUCGACCAUGGCUGUGCUAUUGGAUUCUGCAUUCAAUUGCUUUACUUGGGGAGUAUCUGGAUUCAGAGUUAGAAUGUAAUACCAUCGAUUUUCUUGGCCGUUGUCAGGACCAGGAUGGUGGAUAUGGUGGUGGACCUGGACAGAUGCCACAUCUUGCAACAACUUAUGCAGCUGUCAAUUCACUUAUUACUAUCGGUGGUCAUGAAGCUUUGUCUUCAAUUAAUAGAAGUACAUUAUACAUGUUUCUGCAGCGGAUGAAACAGCCAAGUGGGGGUUUCAGGAUGCAUGAUGGUGGAGAAAUUGAUGUUCGGGCCUGCUAUACUGCCAUUUCAGUUGCAAGUAUUUUGAACAUUUUGGAUGAUGAACUAGUUCAGAAUGUUGGAAAUUACAUAUUAAGCUGUCAGACUUACGAAGGUGGCAUUGGUGGAGAACCUAACUCUGAAGCUCAUGGUGGGUACACCUUUUGUGGGUUGGCUACAAUGAUUCUGAUCAAUGAGGUCCAUCGUUUGGACUUGUCUCGAUUAAUUGAUUGGCUGGUAUUUCGUCAAGGAAGGGAGUGUGGAUUUCAAGGGAGAACCAAUAAAUUGGUUGAUGGAUGCUAUUCCUUUUGGCAGGGAGGUUCUUUUGCAUUAUUACGAAGAGUCGGUUCAUUUAUUGAUGAACAACUGGUGAGGCCAGAUGAUGUUGGACGUUGCAGCACUUCCACAGUAUCUGAUAUACCUGAACAGGGAGGUCUAAAUGCUUCUUUCCAUGUGAAUUACAAUGAUAUUGGUCAUAACUUUAUCACGACAUGUCCAGUAAUGGAGCACCUUUUCAACAGCCAUGCAUUGCAGCAAUACAUACUUCUAUGCACACAGUCGAUGCAGGUGCAAGAGGGGGGACUCAGAGACAAGCCUGGGAAAGCUAGAGACUACUAUCACACUUGUUAUUGUCUAAGUGGCCUCUCGGUGUGCCAUUAUUACCAGUCGGAGGAUGAGGAAACUCCCCCGCGACCCAGCACAAUGUUGGGUCCCUACUCGAAUCUGUUGGAUUCGGUUCAUCCCAUUUUUAAUGUUGUGUUGAAGAAAUACUACGAAGCACACGAAUUCUUUAGAAGGGACUGAACAAUGUAUUAUAUGUAUCUUUUUACUUGGGAUCAUACUUGAAAUCUUCUUUGGGUCAGACGCACGUUACAUGGACGCUGGAUUAUGUAUGUCUAAGGUUAAUAUGAUGACUGGUUAAAUAAUGCAAAGUCUUAUUUAUAUAUUUA